CAACCCUAUACAAACGGAUAUAUUUUUCCGUUGGUAUAGAUUGAUGUAUAGUGACUGCUUAAGUUUUCCGUUGGUAUAUAUGGGUCUAUACAGACGGACUUCCAUCCGUUGGAAGCAGAACAACUACAUCUUUCAGCUUAAGAAUGAACAUGGGCAAUGGCUGAAAGACACUAAAUCAAUAAUCUCCCAUACUUAUUCCCAAUUCCAACAAGCUUAUGCUUCCUCGAACACUUGUAAUCUUGAGCAGAUUUCAAGGCUUAUCCACCCGUCUGUUAUGGCAGAAAUGAAUCAUGAAUUGUGUCGUUCUGUCUCGGAUGAUGAAAUUCGUUCUGCGGUGUUCCAAUUAGGUGUUUUCAGGGUGCCUGGAGUGGAUGGUUUCCCAGGGUGCUUCUAUCAACAACAUUGGGACCUUGUAGGACCAGAUGUAUGCAAGGCUAUUCGACACUUCUUUGAACAUGGUUUUAUGCUCCGAGAAAUGAAUAGAACUAAAAUUGUCCUCAUUUUGAAAAUCAAGGCCCCUGAGUCUGCUUUUAUUCUUAGCAGAGCUAUUCAAGAUAAUAUUUUGAUUGCACAUGAAGCCUUCCAUGGUCUACAGCUUAAGAAAUCUGGUAAGCAUUGUGUUUUGGCUUUGAAAUUAGAUAUUCGGAAGGCAUACGAUAGUGUGGAUUGGCACAGUUUGGAACAUAUUUUGAGGGCUUAUGGCUUUUGUGAGCAAUGGAUCCAUAUGGUAAUGCCAUGUGUCUCGACGGUAUCAUACACAGUCGGAAUUAAUGGCAAUCAAACCCCUAAUUUUGUUCCCCAAAAAGGACUCCGGCAAGGAGACCCGCUAUCCUCGUACCUCUAUCUCUUUAUUGCUGAUCUUUUAUCUCGUCUAUUGAUGGUAGCAACAAUAGAAAAAAAGAUCUCUGGUUACAAGAUUCGAAUGAGGAGCCCUACAAUCAGUCACCUCCUUUUUGCCGAUGACUCCUUGGUGUUCUGUCGAGCCACAGCAGAGGAAGUGAAUCACUUACAAACUAUCUUGCAACUCUACGAUGAUAUUACUGGACAGAGGGUUAACUACUCCAAGUCUGCUGCAGUUUUUAGUCCCAAUAUCCCUAAGGAAGUCCGGGAAUCCAUUUGUGAGCACCUGGGAAUUCGACUUGAAUUUGCUAUCUCCAAAUACCUUGGAUUACCAACCUCUUGGGGAAGGUCUAAAAAAGAUAACCUCAAAUUCGUGGUUGUCAAAAUUCAAAAGAAACUUGCUCAUUGGAAAAAAAACUUGCUAUCCCAAGCGAGCCGAGAGGUCUUAAUUAAAGCAGUUGCUAUGGCCAUUCCUACCUUCACAAUGUCCUGCUUUUUGUUUCCCAUGGGUGUCUGCAGAGAAAUCAAUCGACUUAUUAAGGAUUUUUGGUGGGGACAGCAAAUGAAUGAGAGGAAACCCGUCAAGCUUGAAGGAUGCUACAGAGCCCCAAUGCCUUAUGGGCCCGUGUGCUUAAAAGCAUAUACUUUCCAGGCUCUUCCUUUUUUGAUGCUAGGAAAGCCUUGGGUCUUGACCCACGGCAGCUGGGGGUGGGUAAUCCUGUGGAAUGGUGAAGCCAAAAAUGAGAAAUAUUUUGAACAGGCUGAAAUUUCUCCUAGCCAGGUUCUUACUCGUAUUUCUCACAUGCUUCAGGAAUUAUCUCUGGACCACCAGGACUUAUUGGAAUCCCCAUCCAGGUCCCAACCACCUGCACAACAGUGUAAAUCUUCUUGGUCUAGGCCUCCAUGUGGCAUUAUCAAGGUUAAUGUUGAUGCCUCAUUCUCACCAAAUUCGGAGGUAGCAGCUCUGGCCAUGGUUGAAUGUAACUCGAAUGGCGAAAUCUCUUUCGGAAGGACGUGGUGUUACUCGGCAUCAACCCCACUUUCAGUAGAAGUAGCUGCUCUCCUUAAAGCCGUCCGGUUUGCUGAGGAUAAAGGCUUUCAAGAUAUCAUCUUCGAAUCUGAUAAUCAGGUGUUAAUCUCCUCUAUCCAGCAAUCUUCAAAGCCUCUACCAUGGGAGGCCCAAUCCUUGAUAAUAAGUAUAAGACAAUCUUGUAUCAGUAAUCCUGGCUUCAAGUUCAAUUUUGUUCCACGCUUAUGCAACCAGGUAGCUGACUGGGUCGCCUGCACAUCACUUAGUGGACAAUGCCCCUCGUAUUGGGCACAUUGUCCUCCCAAAUAUCCUACGUAAUCUGCUAUGUAGGGAUGUACAUAAACCUUAAAUUAAUAA